CCCGGCUGUGCCCGGAGACAGCCCGGGCCAUCCCUGUGCUCCCAGUGGUCCUUGACCCCCACCAUCACCCUGUCCUCCCCCAUCCAGCUCCCUGAUGGCUCCACAGUGACCGGGAAGGACCAGGGACCUGCUGGUGGCCCAGGACGCGACGUGACCAGACGGUGACAGGGAGAAGGUGUGAAGCUCAGGGGAGCAGCCAGAGGGGACACACGGGCAGCGCCUGCCCCAGCCCCCCCUGUCCCAGCGCGGGGGACGCAUCCAGCGCCCAUCCUGACUGCGCCGGCACCCGGCCAGGAGCUGGUGGCACCACCAUGUCCCAGGCAGAAGGAGGUGAGGAGACCUUUGAAUACUGCGAUGUGGUCGUCAACAGCCAGGAGAAGGUUUCGGACGCGUACACGCAGCUGGAGAAGUUGGGAGAGGGAAAAUUCGGGACGGUGUACCGGCUGCAGGAAAAAGCCACGGGCAAAAUCCGGGCUGGGAAAUACUUCCGGACACGGACGGCUAAAGAGAAGCAGGUGGCUCGGGCUGAGGUGGAGCUGAUGAACCUCCUGCAUCACCCGCGCCUCGUGCAGUGCCUCGCCGCCUUCCAGGGCCCCACCGAGCUGGUGAUGGUGAUGGAGUAUGUGGCAGGUGGGGAGCUCUUUGAGCGCAUUGUGGAUGAUGACUUUGAGCACACGGAGCCCAGCAGCACCCAGUACAUGCGGCAGAUCCUGGAGGGGCUGCAGUUCAUGCAUGGCCAGGCUGUUGUCCACCUUGACCUCAAACCCGAGAACAUUGUCUGUGUCAGCCCCAGCAGCCACUGGCUCAAGAUCAUCGAUUUUGGCUUGGCACGGAAGCUGGCUCCAGACACCCCUGUGAAGGUGUUGCAUGGCACCCCUGAGUUCAUGGCUCCAGAAGUGGUUGCCUUUGAGCCCGUGGACUUCUCUACAGACAUGUGGAGCGUUGGUGUCAUCUGCUACAUCCUGCUGAGCGGGGAGUCACCCUUCCAGGGCGACAGCGACAUGGAGACACUGAGUAACAUCACAGCUGCCCGGUGGGAAUUCGAGGAGGAGACCUUCUCAGAGAUCUCCCAGCAAGCCAAGGACUUCAUCAGCCAACUGCUGCAGAAGGACCCCCGGCGCCGUCUCUCCAGCGCGGGGUCUCUGCUGCACCCCUGGCUGCAGCAGCCCCAGCCCAGCAGCACCAAGGCCCUGUCGAAGGAGAAGAUCAAGCAGUUCCUGACUCGUCGCAAGUGGCAGAAAACAGGCAAAGCUCUGCUGGCCCUCAACAGGUUGACCCUGCUGUCCCAGAGCCCGGAGAGGAAAGCGUCAGAGGCUCAGGAUGAGGAAGACCUGGGCUGCAGCCCGGAGGAGGACCAAGCCUCGGGGUCUCUGCUCCAACGAGGACCCAGCUUCUCAGAGCCACUGACAAGCCCAGAGGAGGAGGAAGGUGGGAACACAACAGCCACAGGGGAGGCAGAGAGCAGUGUCAGCGUGCCAAUGCCACCCCAGACCACCUAGAGCUGCUGAAGAGGGAGGAGCAGGGAGAGAUGGUGAUGAAACCUCCUCCAGCAGCUCACGUGGUGGCAGGGUAGACCCAAACCCCAGGGCUCCUCUCCUGUCAGUGGGCUCUGGUGUCCCACGGUGUCCCAUGUCCCAGCAGGAACCAGUGCUCCUGUCUAC